GGGGCGGCAAGGAAGUGAAAAAAAAAAAAAGAAGGAAAAAAAUAACAAAAAAAAAUAAAGAGAAAGAGAAAGAGAAGAAGGGAGAUGAGAGAAAAAAUGGAGGAGAUAAAGAUUUGGGAGGCUAAACAUAACUUCCACAUAUACCCUUCUUCACUUAAAGCCAAUCCACACACUUCAUCUCUCUCGAAACCCUUCUUCUCCCUCUUCUCCUCAACUCCAUCUAGGGUUUUUCCUCUCCUUCGUCUCGCCGCACGUAACUUAAUUCUUUCAAAGGCUGUCUUGAAAUUUGAAGAUUAUGGAGCCAGCCUCUGAAGGUUCUCCCUCUACUUUAACUGGCUUUAUGGAUAAGAGAAAGAGAAGCCCUUUGAUUCGUCGACCCCGCGACGUUAAAGAGAGCUUUCAUAGUUUAACUUCUAAGCCAGCCUCAACACAGGCAAACGUUUCUCCUAGUAAUGAAGAUAACCCAAGUUUGAACACAUUGAAACUGAGGCUUAAGCUUGGAGGUGGUGUUACUCGUACUAUCCAAACCAACUCAGAGGCAAGCAUUUAUACCAAAUCCACGAAAACUAUGCGUCUAGGAGAGAUAAACGGACCUCGAGUGAAUCCCUCUGAGGCUGUGAGAGGAGCAUCGAUGUCUGAGAAGAGAAAACAAGGUCUUAAGAAACGUCUGUUGGAUCCAGAACAAGACAGUGAUGAUGAGGAGAUUAGAUACCUGGCAAAGCUGAAGUCUAAAAGGGUCCCAAGGGACCACAUCAAUGUGGAAGACAAACAUGAUGUCACUGAAAGGGAUAAGCUCAGUAUGGAAGGGUCAACUAGUGGACACAUUCCUACUACACGUACUCGAGCUCUCCAGUCUGUAAAAGAUCCGUAUUCUUCCAACGGGUCGGGUCCUCUUGAGUUUCCUGAUGGCUUACCUUGCCCCUCUUCUAAAAGACAAAAGCAGAAGCUUUCUGAGGUAGAGCAACAAUUCAAGAAGGCUGAAGCUGCUCAGAGAAGGCGAAUACAGUCUGAGAAGGCUGCCCAAGAAGCUGAGGCUGAAGCUAUCAGGAAAAUACUGGGGCAAGACUCGGGGAGAAAGAAGAAAGAGGAGAAGAUUAAAAAACAACAGGAAGAACGAGCUCAGGAGAGAGCUACAAGAUCAAGCACACUCCCAUCAGACACUAUCAGAUUGGUUAUUGGUCCAAGUGGAACAACUCUGACGUUUUCUGAGGACAUUGGUCUUCCUGAUAUCUUCAAACCAAUUACUCACAGUUAUCCUCCUCCGCGUGAGAAGUGUGUGGGGCCAAAUUGCGAGAAAGCAUACAAGUACAGAGAUUCAAAGUCGAAGCUGCCACUUUGCAGUCUCACUUGUUACAAGGCUAUUCAAGCGAAGAUGCAACAACAACCUUUGAUUCAUUGCUAGUUGCUUAACUGAUUUUUUGGUCGUAAUGUAUUAUUAUGGACACAGUUGUUUCUUAACAUGAACAAAAACUUUCACCUAAUUUGUUCAAUGAAACAUGGAGUUUGGAUUGCUGUGCUUCUAAGAAUUGAAAUGACUUUCAGUUUAUACUUUUGUAGUAA